AUCGUUACUAUGGCUGCUCUUAAGCUUUUCUUCAGCUCUAGUCGAAAGUCUAAAUCGGAAAUAAAGUGAUGCUUCUAGUGCGCGAGGACACGCGUCGAACUGCGGGUUGCUGUGCGCCAUUGUGCGCCGUAUGUGACAGUGAUGUCAAAUGAUACGUCGCUUGGUUUACGAGAAAAUCUUUGACGAUUUGUUUGCGAUUUUUCGAGCUUGACUCACCUGCGGUUUCCCGAUUUAAGCUCGAUUCAACAUUAUGUCUGCCAUAUUUAAUUUUCAGAGCCUGCUAACUGUAAUAUUAUUAUUAAUAUGCACCUGCACAUAUAUUAGAUCUUUGGCACCGAAUUUAUUUGACAAACGGCUAGGAAAGGUUGGUUUUCAGGGUACUUUUUGGAAAUGUGCUAGGAUUGGUGAAAGAAAAAGCCAGUAUGUGGCUUUCUGUUGCGUCUGUAUGGCCUUUAGUAUUUUAUUUUGGUCGUAACAUUCCUACAUAAGUCACUUGGACCAAUGCAUUUUUGGUGUAUAUUCCAAAAUUAUAUCUUAAUAUAUUUAUGUAUCUAAGGUCCGAGAUGUGAGAAAAUAAAAAGCAGUUUUGAUAUCCGUU